AUGGUGUUCCUCGCAGGUCCAUGCACACGUGUAUACUGGGACGUGGUGGAUUUCCCGUUCCCUGAUGGUGUUGAUCCAAGUUUGAUAUAUCAGAAUAUGCAACUAUUUCUCGAGGAGAAGGGUUUUCUUGGUGAGUUGUCAAUCAUGGCUUAUGUUGACAAGGAAAACUUCGCCGAUGAAUUGAUCGAUGUUUAUGAAAACUCCGGAAUCACCAUCAUUCACCAUCCCCAUCUAGAUUGGGCAUAUUCACAUUACAAUGUUCUCUUAGCUAUGCCUCAACUUUCUGAAGUUCUCCCAUCAAAGCUACAUACUGUUAGCUUUGACUGCCUUUCGACAAGACUUUUAGAUGGAGGAAAGCCUAUAGAUUCUCCCGUCGAAACUAUCUUCACCGAAACUAUCUUCACCGGGCCAUGCACACGAGUAUUCUGGGACGUGGUGGAUUUUCCGUUCCCUAAUGGUGUUGAUCCUGCUUUGAUUUAUCAGAAUAUGAAACUAAUUCUCGAGAAUAAGGGUUUUCUUGGAGAAUUGUCAAUCAUGGCUUAUGUUGAUAAGGAAAACUUCGCGGAUGAAUUGCUCGAUGUUUAUGGAAUCACCAUAAUUCACCAUCCCCAUCAAGGGGAUACAUAUGCGAGAGUUGAUAAAACGGAUUUCCUCAAUGCCCUUGAAGCUUUGGAAGAUAGAUAUUACAAUGUUCUCUUAGCACUGCCUCAAGAUCUCUCAUCAAGUGAGCUACAUACUGUUAGCUUUGAGUGGCUUUCGACAAGCCUUUUAGAUCAAAGCGGAACCUUACAAGGUCUUAACCAUGAGUGGAACCAUAAGCGGAAGAGCAGAGAGGAGAAUGUUGGUUUUUCUGAUGGACUAGCCACUUUGGAUCCCCAACAAUUUAGCAGGUCUCAGAUAACCGUCUUCUGGGAUGUCCAGGAUUGCGUUACAAAAAUCGGCUCAGCUCUUCGCGGAAAGGGUUAUCAUGGGGAAGUGUUAAUAAGACCUUAUGUCGACGGGGAUUUUCAGUGGCAGUGGGUUCCCGAUAGUGAUUGUCGUGACAUGGAUGUAGACCUUCUAACCAGAGUCGAUCGGAAUAAAUAUGCGAAAGUUACUAGGAUGUUAUUGGACCUUCUUUUCUGGGCGAUGAACAAUGAUGAUAUACCUCAAAGUUUCAUGCUAAUCUUGAAACCCGACACCAAGUGCAACAGUGUUAUUAAAGCGUUGGAACAUAGAGGUUUCAACCUUAUCCUAGGACCUUCUGAUGAGGUCUCGUUGCAGCUUUGUAAAAGCCCACCAGAUGGAAAAAAGCGUAUCAACCAAAGCAUAAAGUUACAAGGUCGGAAGCUCACAGAGGUGAGCCGAAAACAUGCAAGGUCGUCGAUAGCUGUCUUCUGGCUGCUUGGGGAGGAUUGCCCAUCCAAUCCCACGUUGAUGAGGUGGAAUAUCGAAUCAACCCUUGAGAAGAAGGGUUAUACGGAAAUUGUGUCAUUCACUGUUUAUGUUGAUGAGGGAAAGCUUUCAAAUGAACUGGAGCAUGCCUAUUACAACUCGGGGAUGAGUGUCCAACCCGUACCUGAAGAGUUUGGACGCACAAAAAUUGAUAUAAUGGCAUGGGACAUGAUUAAGUGGACAUUUUCCAUUUCUGAACCAUCACACUUUUUAGUAAUCGCAAAGCCCUUUCAAGACGUGGUGUUGGACUGUCUUCUUGAAGAUUUUGAACGCAGAGGACUCAACGUUCUCUUCGAGCUGCCUGAUUAUAUGGUCAGUUUCGGAAGCUCAGUAUGGUCUGCUAAAAGCCUAUUAGAUGGAAGUUGCAGUGCGCCUAUCUAG